AAAAACUCCCGCGGCAUGAGUUUCACCGCCAUUUUGCAUCAGCGCUGUAGACGGGAGUGAGAGCGCAGAAACGGCGGGGAUCUGGCCACUUUAUUUCUCUCUCAACACGUUUCCCUUUGGAUUUAAUCCAACCUAACCCGAGAUAAAAACUGACAGAUUUACGGCGACAUGGCCACGGAGCAUAUAACAGAGCAUAUAAAUGGGAACGGUACGGAUGAUUCAGUGGAGUCUUCACCUGCUCCCGCCCAUUCAGAGCAUUUCCAGCUGUUAUUAGACGCAGGCUUACCGAGAAAAGUCGCUGUCAAACUAGAUGAAAUUUACAUGGCAGGUUUGGUGUCACACAGCGAUCUGGACGAUCGGGCGAUUGAAGCUCUGAAAGAGUUUAAUGAAGAAGGCGCGCUGCAGGUUCUCUUGCAGUUUAAAGACAGCGACCUGUCACAUGUUCAAAAUAAAAGUGCCUUUCUGUGUGGAGUGAUGAAGACAUACAGACAGAGAGAGAAACAGGGCACCAAAGUGUCUGAUUCCAAUAAAGGACCCGAUGAAGCCAAAAUCAAAGCAUUGCUUGAGAGGACCGGUUAUACGCUCGACGUGACGACAGGUCAGCGGAAGUAUGGCGGACCGCCUCCAGGAUCCACACACGCUGGAGUUCAGCCCACUGUCGGCACUGAGAUAUUUGUAGGAAAGAUCCCGAGAGAUCUCUUUGAAGACGAGCUGGUUCCUCUCUUUGAGAAAGCCGGACCCAUCUGGGACCUGCGUCUGAUGAUGGACCCCCUCAGCGGGCUGAACAGAGGAUAUGCUUUUGUCACAUUUUGCACUAAAGAAGCCGCUCAGGAGGCCGUCAAACUCUGUAACAACAAUGAGAUUCGGCCGGGCAAACACAUUGGUGUUUGCAUCUCUGUUGCCAAUAAUCGUCUGUUUGUGGGCUCCAUUCCCAAGAGCAAAACUAAAGAGCAGAUAGUGGAAGAGUUUGCCAAAGUUACCGAGGGUUUGAAUGAUGUCAUCCUGUAUCAUCAGCCUGAUGACAAGAAGAAGAAUCGAGGCUUCUGUUUCUUAGAGUAUGAAGAUCACAAAACAGCCGCCCAGGCACGCCGUCGCUUAAUGAGUGGCAAGGUGAAGGUCUGGGGGAAUGUGGUGACCGUAGAGUGGGCCGACCCCAUCGAAGACCCUGACCCUGAGGUCAUGGCAAAGGUCAAAGUCCUGUUUGUAAGAAACCUGGCGAGCACAGUAUCAGAAGAACAUCUGGAGAAAACGUUCUGUCCGUUUGGCAAACUGGAGAGGGUUAAGAAGCUCAAGGAUUACGCCUUUAUUCAUUUCGAGGAGCGUGACAGUGCGGUUAAGGCUUUAGCUGAAAUGCACGGGAAGGAUCUGGAAGGAGAACAAAUCGAAAUCGUCUUUGCUAAGCCGCCUGAUCAGAAGAGGAAAGAACGGAAGGCCCAGAGACAAGCUGCUAAAACUCAAAUGUAUGAUGAUUACUAUUAUUACGGGCCGCCACAAGUGCACCCUUCAUCACGAGGCAGAGGACGAGGUGUGAGAGCAACUUAUUCCUACCCUCAAGACUAUUACAGCUACAGGGAUUAUUACGACUACUACGGCUACGACUAUCACAACUACAGAGGAGGCUACGACGAUCCGUACUACGGCUAUGAGGACUUUCAGUCUCACUUUAGAGGAACGGGCAGCAGAGGAUCUCGCGGGCCAACACUGUCUAGGGGCCGGGGCUCCGGCAUGGCAAGAGGAAGAGCCGGAUACUCUCAGCGCGGAGGUCCGGGAUCCGGACGAGGUGGGCGUGGCUCUAGAGGUGGCAUCCAACAGCGAUGUCGAGUGGGGAAGGGGGUCGAGGCUGGUCCUGACCAGGUAGUAUGAAGACUGACUUGUUGUAUGGGGUUACACCGGACUCUACAGUGUUUAUAAGGUUAAAGUCGACUCAAUGGUCCAAUGAUAUUCCAGCUUUUAUUGAAGCAUAUCUCCUAUAUACUGCCACUUCUGACGAAGCAGAAAAACUCAACAGUCAUCAUCUUGGACUUGCAGUUCUCACACAAGGAGCGUGUCCAUGCCCACAUUUUGGAAAUUGAAGUUCAGAUUCUCAAGAGUCCCAUAACAUCAAAUGUGUUGCACUUUUAUUUAUUUUACUUUUGUUUUGUUUUGUUUUUCUCUCCUGGGUUUGAAGUGGCUCGGAGGAGCGUGAUGAUGCUGAUGUAUAGUUUUGUCUUGAGAAUAUCCAUGUUAACCUUAAACGUUUGGCUAGAGACCUUCUGCAGGUUUUGGUGUAACCACCUGACGUGGGUGAGUCAGGCAUUCCAGAAGCGCGGUUCUUUGAGAACUUGUCUUUUAAGGGUCGGUUAACUACCUCAAGUAGAGAGGAUUCAACUACCCUGCCUGUAAUGUAAAUAGAGACGCUUAAAGCUUAGGAGCAGGGCUUGUUUCUUAUGAAAUAUGCACGAGGGCAGCGGCACUUCAUGUAAUAUAGUCGAUCCUCUGCUGCUCCGCCAUUGCAGUCAACAGUCAAACUGGACAUGCAAGUGAAUCUCAUGUGAUGAGCCGAAACAAACCCUGCUCUUAUUCAACUCUUUUUAACUGAAGUAGCCGCCUCAGAUGCUUCUUCAGAUUCUGUAGUUACUGGGUGUAUGAUAGUUUGGAAUAAAAUGUUACUUUUCUAUUGGCUUAACAUCACAAACGCAGCCGCUGCGUAUCUCGAGCCUCGCAGUGUCCGUUUUUCUAUGGAACCGGUUCCACUUUCUGAAGAACAUUAUAGAAUUAUGUAGGGUUUUUUAAUCGAUCAUGAAUUUCAUCACGCUCUCGUUGGCCAACAGAUGAACUUUGUGUAGAAAAAGGGACACUGCGGCCUGGGUUUAUAUUUCAUAUAUAUAGGCAGCAGGUGAGCGAUCCAUUGACCCGGUUUUGUAAACAGUUAACUCCCUCUCAAUGAAGCCGUAACAUUGCAACCUUUUGAAAAGAUGUGAGCAGUUUUAAUCUAUUGUUGGUGGCCAACAAUGUUUUUGCAUUCCAGCAAAUAAAUUGUUUUAUACUGUAAAAUGAGGUGAGUGUAACUUAUUUUUGUAAUAAAGGUUUUGAAUUCUA